AUGCCCGCACCAUUCGUCGCAGUUGCAGGCGCCUCUGGCGGACUGGGCAAGCUUGUCACAGGUGCGUUGAUACGACGAGGCGUGGCCGUCAAGGCCCUCGUGCGUCCUGGCACCGCCUCUUCGCGAACAGAUGGCCUUCGCCAGGCCGGAGCGGCUGUUGUUCCUGUCAGCCUCACAGAUGUGCCGAGUCUCACGCGGGAACUCGCAGGAGCAAUAUGCGUGGUGUCGACGCUCCAGGGGCUGAAAGAAGUCAUUCACACCGUGCAGGGAAAGCUCCUCGACGCCUCGGUGGCCGCUGAGGUGCCGCGCUUCAUCCCGUCGGAUUUCUCACUGGACUUUACGAAGACGAGGCCGGGAUCGAACCGGAACCUGGAUUUGCGCCGCGAGUUCCACCAGACGCUGAACCAGUCGGGCAUCAGCUGGACCAGCAUUCUGAACGGCGGGUUCAUGGACCUGAUGGCGGGCGACUCUCCCAUGAUCGACCACAAGAAGCAUAGGGUGCCGUACGUCGGCAGGCCGACGCAAUUGCUUGAUUUCACCACGAUGGUGGACACAGCCGCCUACACUGCCGCUGUGGCCGCGGAUGCGAACCCUGCUCCGAGCUUUCUCCGCAUUGCCGGCGUCUCUGUCAGCGCACAGGACAUUGCUGAUGCGCAGACAGCGGUGCAGGGCGUGAAGUACAAGCCCUUUUGGAUGGGUACGGUGGGGACCACGGCGUUUAUGAUCCGGGCCAUGCGUCUGUUCGCCGUCGGGGGUGGCGGGAAGGAUGUCUUUCCCGCAUGGCAAGGCAUGCAAUACAUGGUGAACAUGAUGUCCGGGGCUGGAAAACUCGAGCCGCUAGACAACGGCAGAUACGCGGACCUGACAUGGACCAGGUUGGAGGAUUUUUUUGCUGCGGAGCGAAACAAGUGA